GGGCUCUCACUGGCCAUUGGCAAGACCGGCACCACCAGCACCAGCACCGACACUCUCAACGUCCUCGACGCAAAAAAGACAGCAAUAUGGGUCGUGUUCGCACAAAAACAACCAAGAGGGCUUCCCGCGUGCUCAUUGAAAAAUACUACCCUCGCUUGACCUUGGAUUUCCACACUAACAAGCGGAUCAUCGAUGAAGUUGCCAUUGUUCCAUCUAAACGUCUGCGGAACAAGAUAUCAGGUUUCACUACUCAUUUAAUGAAGCGUAUUCAACGUGGACCUGUUCGUGGUAUUUCCUUCAAGCUCCAGGAGGAGGAGCGCGAGCGAAAAGACAAUUAUGUGCCAGAGGUAUCGGCCUUGGACACGAGCGCUACGGGCCUUGAGAUCGACAGUGACACCAAGGAACUUCUCCGUGCCCUCAACUUUGACUCUAUUUCUGUCAAUGUCGUCAACCCUGUCAUUGCCCAAGUGGAGCGUGGACCUCGCCGGGACAGGCGCAAUGUGCCAGGUGCUGGUCGGUCAUAAGCUACUCUUUCCAUGUGCUACGCACUAUGAUCAUGUUAUGUACCCGUAUGCGAAACCGCUAUUGACUCGCUCCACAUCAUUUCUAUCAGGCAUAAAACGACUUGCUAGCAAUCUGAAUACUCUUGGUACAUCUUUGCUACUCUGAGGAUGAAUGAGUUUUCAUAUUCUUCUUUCCUCUUCUCGACUUCUAAUCUGACUUUCCUGUUUGUGAGAACGAAACUAAGAAUCCUUUUUUCCCCCUUCGAAUUAACGCUUUCACAUAUCAUAAUGUUAUUUCUAGUCAAUGUCCCAGAACGAAAUACUUGGAAUCUGUCCUUCAGCUACUUCGUAGACCACAAAGAGGCAUGGUAAGUCCUGGCCAUACUUGCAUAUUUGCAUCGAGUUAUGCCCAGCUGUUUCUAUGUCUU